AUGGACACCAUGGAAGCCGCAUUGACCGAGAAAGUGACGCAGCUGGAGCAGGCUCUCCGGGAUGCUGAGGAAGUGGAGGAGGCCGCGAGAGCAGAGGCGGAACGUUCGGAAACCCAUCUUAGAGCUAUGAUCCGCAAGUCCAAGUUCGAGGUCAACUUCAAGGCGUACGACCUCGUCAGCGCUGAGAUUGAAGCCGAAGAAGGAAAAAGUGGAUGGUUCGACAGUCAGGCCGAAGUGAGAGAAGCGCAUGCCCUGCUGAUGUGUGUUGAGUACGAGCUCCAACUCUACCGUGCAGGCUUCGCUUCUCCGUUCCAGAAUGCACGGAAACGCACGAAGCAAACCCUUGAGGCUAGUAAGGCUGCGUGGGAAAAGCGGCUUGAGGAGCACAACAAGCUUGUGUUAAAAAAUUCCGCGAGAGAGAAGCAGGCUGCAGACGCAGAGCGAGCUCGUGCCGAAGAGGACCGAGCUCGCACUGAACGUGACAGAAAAGCACGAGAGAAGAAAGAGCGAAAAUACGAAGAGAAACGCAAGAAGAAAAAGCAGGAGCCACGUUUCUUCCCACCCCGGCCUCCUCCAUCAACGCGGCCAGACACACGAGCAGCGCUGCGAGAGCCGAACGCUAUGGCGGAAGCUGCAGCUCGCUGGCGGAGUGCAUUCGAAGUGUUCUUCAAUUCGCAGGAUCAGCCAUUCCCAGAGCCACCGUCGGAAAAGUGCCGCCACAUCGGCUGCCAGAAAGAAGGAGAUAGAGCGCUAAGGGCGUGCAAGCAUAAUUUGGCGAGCAUGUUCAAGAGCCUUCAGGUCAAUCCCAAGACUGAACGCUUGAAGCACCAUGAAGACAAAUUCAAAGAUCCGAAAAACAAGACCAAGGCAAACGAAAUCUUCGUUGUCCUUCAAGCGAUGCACGAAAAUGUGGAGAAGGAAAAGGAGAAGGAGAAGGAGAAGAAGAAGGCGAGAUAG